AUGCCUCUGAGCCCCGCCGGCAGCCAGCAUGAGAGCCCCGACUCGCCGCCGCCGGAGCCGCUGCCGGAGCGCCAGCCCCGCGCCGCCGCCGCCGGGGAGCCGAGCGCCGGCCUGCGGGAGGAGACGCGGCUCGACCCGGCCCGGGGCCCCGCCGGGCCCCGCUCCCCCAAGCUGGCGGCCCCGGCGCGCAUGGAGGAGCCCGCGCCCGGCGCCAUCGUCGUCCGCAUCGGCAUCCCCGACCUGCAGCAGACGAAGUGUCUCCGGCUGAACCCCGACGUUCCCGUGUGGGUGUCCAAGCAGCGCAUCCUGUGCACUCUGAACCACAGCCUGAAGGAUGUGCUCAACUACGGGCUCUUCCAGCCGGCCUUCAACGGCAGGGCCGGCAAGUUCCUGGACGAGGAGCGGCUGCUGCGGGAGUACCCCCUGAACCCCGACACGCCCGUGCCCUACCUGGAGUUCCGGUACAAACGCCGCGUGUACACCCAGGCCCUGCUGGAUGACAAGCAGUUUGCCAAGCUCCACACCAAGGUAAGGCUGCAGUCUGCCUGCCAAGCUCAAAGCCCCGCCGGCUCCUUCAACCCAGAGGGGAUUUGGGGAUGUUUCAGCCCCCUCCCUGGUUAUCAGGUUGCAAAGAAGCCACGGGAAAUGGCUGAGUGUCCCCUGACGGCGGCGGCGCAGCUGGAGCUCAGCUCCGAGAUGAUCAAGGCCCUGCGGAACGGGGGAGCCCACCUGGAUUUCCGGACGCGGGAGGGGAUGACGGCCCUGCACAAGGCCGUGCGCUGCCGCAACCACGCCGCGCUGCUGACACUGCUGGACCUGGGAGCGUCCCCGGACUACAAGGACAGCCGGGGGCUGACGCCCCUGUACCACAGUGCCAUGGUGGGGGGGGACCCGUACUGCUGCGAGCUCCUGCUGCACGACUACGCCCGGCUCGGCUGCGUGGACGAGAACGGCUGGCAGGAGAUCCACCAGGCCUGUCGCUACGGCCACGUCCAGCACCUGGAGCACCUCCUGUUCUACGGGGCCGACAUGACUGCCCAGAACGCCUCAGGAAACACCGCCCUGCACAUCUGUGCCCUCUACAACCAGGAGAGCUGUGCCCGGGUGCUCCUCUUCCGUGGUGCCAGCAAGGAGAUUCGGAACUACAACAGCCAGACGGCGUUCCAGGUGGCCAUCAUUGCGGGCAACUUCGAGCUGGCUGAGAUCAUCAAAACCCACAAAGAGUCCGAUGUUGUGCCUUUCCGAGAGACGCCGAGCUACACGAAGCGGCGGCGGAUCCUGGGCGGCGGCGGCCUGGCGUCCCCGCGCCUGCUGCAGCGCUCGGCCAGCGACAACAACCUGAAGGCCGAGAGCCGCGCGUCCUACUCGCCGGUGCCGUCGCUGCGCAGCCUCCCGCCCCAGCUGCUGGUGCAGAUGCAGGAGGCGGCGGCCGGGGUGGUGGUGGCGGCGGGGGACGGCGGCCUGGCCGGCUCGGGCAGCGCCCGCAGCGCCCACAGCCGCUCGCCCUCCCUGCAGCGCGUGCAGGAGGAGAAGGAGGCCGACCUGCCCACGCUCCGCAGGAGCAGCCGCGGCAAGGCCAGACCCUAA